AUGGCGAGGGUAGCCAAAAUAGAUAAGAAGCUUAAUAGAUAUUUGCUGGAAACUGGUUAUCACAGAUGGUCUCAGAUAGAUGCAAUAGUAAAAAGAACAUGGAUAUUGACUUCAACCAUAGCUGAAUCAAUAAACAAUGCUACUAUGAGAGCUCGGGAACUGCCGGUGGCAAAAUUACUAAAUUUCAUGAGGAAAUUGGUUGAAAUAUGGAAUGCGAAACACAACGAGGAAGCAAAUAAUACAUUCACAGAUCUUACUAAAAAGUACCAAGAAAACAUCAAGGAUAAUCGGGUACGAGCUUCCAUUGAAUUCCUACAUACAGUUAUUGAUGGUUCUAAGAGGUUCAGAGUGUGCCUUCAAGCUAGGACGUGUAGUUGUGGAAGAUUUCAACUGGAUGAGAUACCAUUUAAGCCUUUUCCAUGCGAAAGUACAUGGAAUUUACCAAUUAAUGUAAAGGAAGAGAUUGUGUUGCCACCAGAUUACAAAAGACCAGCUACCAAAAGAAUGAAAUCAUUUUAUGAGGGAAAAUUCAAGAAAUCAACAAUGACGUGCAGCAGAUGUAGUAUAGAAGGUCACAAUACGAAGACUUGUAGCAAUAUUCCACAGGGCAAUUAA